AUGGCUCGAGCAUUUUGUGACCUUCGAUUUGAGCCAGGCAACAAUUCUUCAAUGAGAUCAAACGGACAAAAGAGGCAGAGAGAUGAACUAAAUACCGAUCAAAGUGAUGAUAAUUGUAAAAGAGUCUUAGGUACUUUUCCAAGCUCCGAAGAACUAGCAAGGCUGAAUGGGGAGACUUUCAAAGAACUUACUAAAAAUGUUCUAGGCUAUCGAGCAAAAGACAUUCUGAAACUCGCCAAGGAUGUGGAGAGUGGAAAUAUUAAACUUGAUGAACUUGAUGAGGGGCUUGAGGACAAAGACGCACUGCUUCGAAAGUUCAUGCAAAUAAAAGGUUUUGGUUCAUUUGCAUCCGCCAAUGCUUUGAUGUGCGUUGGAUUAUAUCACAAAGUUCCGGCAGACACUGAAACAAUAAGGCAUUUGAAGGAGGUACAUGGGAGGAACAAUUGCAACAAAGAUACUGUCAUGAAAGAUGUAGAAGAAAUCUAUGACAAGUAUGCCCCAUUCCAGUGCUUGGCAUAUUGGUCGGAGCUCUUGGACUCGUACGAAUGCAAAUUUGGGAAGCUAAGUGAAUUACAGAGUUGUGCGUAUCAUACAAUAAGUGGCAGACUUGAAUCUUUUGACACCAUGGUAGAUUAA